CCUGCACCUCAGGUGUAAUGUAAGGAAGAGACAGCAGAGUGGAAAAUAAUGCAUGUCUCCAGCACACUCUUUGAAUAUGAUGUAAAUUUCAGGAUAUCAGAUUACAGCUAUUCUCAUGCUUUGAGCAAGGGGUGGGGAGUCACAGAAGGGAGAGUGCACCUGAAGUAAAAGGCAGAGGAAAUGUUUUCUCCACCUCUUUUCACUGUGAAGUAGAGGAGUGUACCUAGCAUACACAGGAGCACCAGGAUGAGAUCCAGCUGGAUGAAAGCUUUGCUUACGGUCCUCAUUGUGGCCUUCGCAUUGUUAUACCUCAGUUCUAUUAAGAAGGAGGUCCACACUCAUUCUGAGAGAUUGCAGAGGGCCCAUUACAAUGACUCCAUUAGGGGCCAGGGAAUCGUCAAGAGGAUGGAAAAGAUGGAAACAGACAUCAACAGGCUGCUGAGUUUGAUGAAUAAACUUGAAAAGAGGGAAACGGCACCUGGCAGGAAGGAAGAGGUGAAGGACAAGAGGAAGAGGGUGAGGAAGCUGUACCCCAACUCUGAUCUGUUCAAGAAUUGGGGUGACGAUCUGUCAGAGGAGGAGCAGAAGGAAGCCGAGCAGUUGUUUCAGAGAUAUGGAUACAACGCCUUCCUCAGUGACAGGCUGCCCCUCAACAGAGAGAUUCCCGACACCAGGCCUCCAAGGUGUGCUGUGAAAAAUUAUCCGAAGGAUCUGCCGACCAUCAGUGUUGUGUUAAUCUAUUUGGAUGAAGCUCUUUCAGUCAUUAAAAGAGCCAUACGCAGCAUCGUGGACAAGACACCAGCUCGGCUGCUGCAAGAAAUCAUCCUGGUGGACGAUCACAGCAGCAAUGAGGACUUAAUGGAGAAGCUGGAUGAAUACAUCAGCUUUAUCCACGAGGAGCGUCCAGGCCUGGUGAAGAAAGUGCGGCACUCUGAGCAGCUCGGCCUCACCCAGGCCAGACUGUCGGGCUGGAAGGUGGCUGAGGGAGAGGUGAUUGCCAUCUUGGACGCUCACAUAGAAGUCCACGUCCAAUGGGCAGAGCCUUUACUAGCUCGGAUUAAGGAGGACCGGACUGUGAUACUGACGCCUGUUUUUGACAAAGUCAAAUACGAUGACCUGACACUGAGUCCCUACAAUAGUGCAUCUCAUGGCUUUGACUGGGCACUGUGGUGCAUGUAUGAGUCCUUCAGACCUGAGUGGUAUGCCCUGAAUGAUGAGACGCUGCCUGGCAAGAGCCCCUCAGUCAUGGGGAUACUUGUAGCUGAUCGCCAGUUCUUCGGAGAGAUUGGAAGCCUUGAUGGUGGAAUGAAAAUAUACGGUGGGGAAAAUGUGGAGCUGGGCAUCCGGGUGUGGCUGUGUGGAGGAAGCAUUGAAGUUGUGCCUUGCUCUAAAAUUGCCCACAUUGAACGAGCAGUAAAGCCUUACCUCCCAGACUUGAGUGUCAUGAUGAAGCGUAAUGCACUGAGGGUAGCAGAGGUGUGGCUGGAUGAAUACAAAUACAAUGUCAACAUUGCUUGGAACCUUCCCCUUGAGAACCAUGGGAUAGACAUCGGGGAUGUGUCGGAGAGAAAGAAGCUCAGGGAGAGGCUUAAUUGUAAGCCCUUUAAGUGGUAUUUAGAUAAUGUUUACCCGAUGCUGGACCCCCUGGAUAACUUGCUCAGUUAUGGAGCUAUGAUAAAUGAUCUGAAGCCAGAACUCUGUGUUGACCAAGGCCCGAUGCCAGGAAACACACCCAUCUUGUAUGGAUGCCACUUCUAUUCACCUCAACACUGUUUUUAUCGCUCUGAUGGACAACUCUACAUUGGCGGGAUCAAAUCUCAUAAGUACAACAGCAACCGCUGUCUGGUGGACCCUUCCAGUGGAGUCUACCCGGUGCUGUAUGACUGCAAAAUAGCCAAACAGAAAGACUUUCACAUGCUGUGGGAUUUUAAACAGGGAGGACCCAUCCAGAACAGAAAAACAAAGCGAUGUCUAGAAAUUGCGAAGGAUGACGAUGGCUUUUACAAACUCAUUGUCCAGCAGUGCACCGGUCAGAGCUGGAAUAUACAAAAUCUCAUCAAAGACCACUAAGAGACUGCUGGGCAGGUCUCAGAAGAUAAUGAGCUGUUAUUGCACAAAAAGUGAACCUCGUGUCAAAGAAAGAUCUAGAGUUGUCUUUCGUUACAUCAUUAUUUAAAAAAUAAACAAGGUUUCUGAAGAGAGUCA